CCUCCAAGUUGAAAGUUCUAGCUUAACCUUGUUCGUUCUCUCUUUGUGCAAGCAACCUUUCACCUUGUUCCUUCUCUCUUUGUAAGCAACCUUGUUCGUCUCCGAAGGCAGGUAUAGCUUAGGCACCCAUGGAAGGAGAAGGAAGACAGACCCAGCACCUGAUUUUAGCAAAAAACAUCUCUCUGCUUACCAACUCCGAUGUUGACGACCUGCAGAAAGUUCGCCUCCGGGAUGAGGUGUACAAUGUCGUCGUCUCCAAUGAUAUGGCUCCCUUGUACCAAACCCUAGUCGCGAAGUGCAUACUGACUUUGGAUCCAAAGGUUCUUAAUUCGAUGCGGGAUAGGAUUGACGAGGAGCUCAAAAAGCUUGAUGAAAAGAUUGCUGAUGCAGAAGAAAAUUUAGGAGAAAGUGAAGUCAGAGAGGCUCACCUGGCAAAAUCUCUGUUUUACAUUCGCAUAGGUGAUAAGGAUAAAGCUUUGGAGCAGCUCAAGGUGACAGAGAGCAAAACUGUUGCUGUUGGGCAGAAAAUGGACCUGGUAUUUUAUACACUCCAGAUGGGUUUCUUUGACAUGGACUUUGACCUAAUAUCAAAAAGCAUUGAUAGAGCAAAGAACCUAUUUGAAGAAGGGGGUGAUUGGGAAAGAAAGAACCGGUUGAAGGUCUAUGAAGGACUUUUCUGCAUGUCAACCCGCAACUUCAAAAAAGCAGCUAACCUUUUCCUUGAUUCUAUCUCAACGUUUACAACCUAUGAGCUUUUCCCUUAUGAUACAUUCAUAUUCUAUACUGUUCUCACAAGCAUCAUUACAUUGGAUCGUGUUUCCCUGAAGCAGAAGGUAGUAGAUGCACCAGAGAUCUUGACAGUUAUUGGCAAGAUCCCUUAUCUCUCUGAGUUUUUGAACUCUCUAUAUGAUUGUCAGUACAAGGCAUUCUUCUCUGCCUUCUCUGGUAUAAUGGAGCAUAUCAAAUUGGAUCGUUAUUUGCACCCACACUUCCGCUACUACAUGAGGGAGGUGCGAACUGUUGUUUACUCCCAGUUCUUGGAAUCCUACAAAAGUGUCACAAUUGAAGCCAUGGCUAAUGCAUUUGGCGUGUCAGAGGACUUCAUUGAUAUGGAGCUAUCCCGUUUCAUUGCUGCCGGGAAGCUACACUGCAAAAUUGACAAAGUUGCGGGCGUGUUAGAAACAAACCGACCUGAUGCUAAGAAUGCUCUAUACCAGGCUACCAUCAAACAAGGGGAUUUCUUGUUGAACCGGAUCCAAAAGCUUUCGCGAGUUAUUGAUCUCUAAACAACCAUUUCUCCCAUUCCAGAACCACCAUUCUCCAUGUGUUGUCCUGCUUUAGACAUGGGGUUAAUUGUAUUCUGUGACAAAUUCCUCCCGCCAGAAUUUUUUGUUAUUAACUAAGGAUCAGCUUGCUUUUUUUUUUAGACGUAAAUUUAAUUCUCUGCAACAUAUUUUACAUUGACUUGCCGUCGGGGUUGUGUUUAUGAGCUUUCUUUUAGAGGUAAAUUUUAUUCGAGUGCAUCUCACUAUGUUGAAUUCCCAAUGAAUGCAGAAAUUGUGU